AUGUCUGAUGAAGCUACAAGCCGCCAAACCCCCGGGGAUAGCAACAUUCUUCCCCCUGAGCACUGGGCUGAAAUUGCACAGAAAGAGCCUGGCAAUACCGAUGCUGAUUCCAUCGUCGACGCCGACAAUAAUUCCUCGACAGCGUCGGUCACCUCGAGCAUCCUAGAGUAUAGGACGAUACACGGCAGAACCUACAACAGUGAACAGGGAAAUGCGCAGUAUUGGGGUUCCAACGACGCACCACAGCGUGAAUUGAUGGACGUGACCCAUCAUAUUCUUACUCUUGGGCUUGGAAACAAACUCCAUCUGGCACCGUUGGAGAAAAACAAGGUCUAUCAAGCCAUUGAUAUUGGGUGUGGAACUGGUAUCUGGGCCAUUGACUUUGCCGAUGACUACCCUGACGCAGAAAUCACGGGAACAGAUAUUUCACCCAUCCAACCUUCCUGGGUUCCGCCUAACUUGCGGUUCGAGAUCGAAGACUGUACUCGAGAAUGGACCUUCAAGUCCGGCUCUACUGAUUACAUCCAUAUGAGGUGGCUAAUGGGCAGCAUCAGAGACUGGGACUUUCUCUCCUCUGAGGCAUUCAGGGUAUGCAAACCCGGUGGAUGGGUCGAAAGUCACGAGGCCUCCUCCAACAUUAACAGCGACGACAACACGGUCGACGGAAACUCUGCCAUGGGCCAGUGGGGAAAGUUGUUUAUCGAAGGUAGCAAGAAGAUAGGGACAAGCUUCACGGUGGUCGAGGACGGCACGCAGAGGAAGGCCUUGGAGAAAGCCGGCUUUAUCAACAUUCAAGAAUUCGACUUCAAGAACCCUAUUGGCGGCUGGUCUUCGGAUCCAAUCGAGAAGGAAAUGGGCCCAUACACCAAAUAUGGUCUCGAGACUGAUACCGAAGGCUUCGUCUUGUUCAUGGCUCACACUUUGGGCUGGUCUAGAGAUGAGAUUCAACUCUAUAUUGACCAGUUUCGACGCGAGUUGCGUUCCGAGAAGCACCACGGGUACUUCAAGCAGAAGGUUGUUUGGGGCCAGAAACCUGAGACCUCGGCUGCUAACUAG